GGCAGGCAUAUAUAUCAAAUGAUGAUCAUAGCUUGGAGGGGAUCAUCACCCCUAUCUGAUCUUCUAUUUCUGAAGAAGAAUAUCUCAUCCUUGUUCCUAGGUUGGUUUUCAUGGUAUCCUCAUGUUUGCUUAUAGUUAAGAGCACAACACUCAGAAAAAGGAGCUCGCACUUCCCCUCCUAUAUAUUCACCAUCAUCAUCAUCCAACACCAUCAACAUCACCCACCUUCACCUCUAAUUUGAUUCCAAUACCCAGCUACCUGCUUAUUCCACUUAUCUUCCAUUAAGAGGAGAGUUUCUGAGUUCUAUUUGCGGUGGACUCAAUCCUGAUGAAAACACAUCCCUUGCAACUUAAGAAACCGAAAGCUUAAUUUUGUGAAGCUAGACAAAUCAAAGGGACAUGGGUUCAUCAAAUGGAUUCUGCUAUUCGGAUUUGUCAUCCGGUAACCAAACGAUUCAUCAAACCCAUUUGGUGAACCAUAUCCAAGGCUUUGUGUCCGACCCGGAGAUGUUCAACCUCACAACCGGCAUGGAGAUGAUAGGGUUUUCCAAGAAUCUUCAGCAGCAGAGUGACACCAACUCCGUCAUGUGGAAAAGUUUCUUAGGCAAACCUGGUCAACACGCGGGUCCUUCCUCUUCCAAAACCAUGAACGAGUCUUCUAGCAACUUCUAUCAUCAGCUUGAGUAUAAUAAACAAGAUUUCACAUCAGGGAUUUCUGAAACAAGUAGCGACAAUCUAAUCAUCGGUGCUCAUGAUUCUUCCCCGUGGCAUGAGAAUAACAGAUUACUAGUUGACGAUUCAUCUUUAAGGUGUGUGUUCCCUUGUGAAGCUAAUGAAAGGCCAAGUCAAGGUCUUUCACUUUCUCUUAGUUCAACCAACCCUUCGGGUAUUGGGUUGCAAUCUUUUGAGCUAAGACAAACUAGUCAUCAUCAGCACCAACCUGAUUUUGUUUCUUCAACUUCUAGAAAUGGGUUCUUCUUCGGAAAAUCAACCAAUUCUCAACAUCAACAAAUGUUGCAAGAUGAUGGGUGUUUUAGUGCUAAAGCUGCAAAUGUUUAUCAAGGACAUUUCCUGCUCAAGAACUCCAAGUUCUUGGUACCUGCACAGGACCUUCUGAACGAGUUUUGUAGUCUAGGGACAAAGCAAAAUGAUGUACAAAAGCAAAAGUCUCAAAAGAACAAGCAGUUGGAAGAGGAUAACACUAAGAAGCACUCUCUUAGCUCUCUUGAGUUCGUGGAAUUGCAGAAGAGAAAGACAAAGCUGCUUUCGAUGCUGGAAGAGGUUGAAAGAAGAUACAGUCACUACUGCAAUCAAAUGAAGGCUGUGGUUUCCUCCUUUGAAGCAGUGACUGGCAAUGGAGCCGCCACAGUUUACUCGGCGUUGGCUUUGAAAGCCAUGUCAAGACAUUUCAGAUGUUUGAAGGAUGGGAUUUUGGAUCAGAUUGAGGGAACAAGGAAAGCCAUGGGAGAGAAAGACACAGUUGUAGCAGGCACGACAAGGGGUGAAACACCUAGGCUUAGAAUCAUUGAUCAAACACUGAGACAACAAAGGACCUUCCAACAAAUCAACAUGAUGGAAACUCAUCCAUGGAGACCCCAACGUGGCCUUCCCGAACGAUCCGUCUCAGUUCUUCGGUCUUGGCUUUUCGAGCACUUUCUCCAUCCGUACCCAAGCGAUGUUGAUAAACAUAUUUUAGCCCGCCAAACUGGUCUCUCUAGAAGCCAGGUUUCAAAUUGGUUUAUUAAUGCAAGGGUGAGGCUAUGGAAGCCAAUGGUGGAGGAAAUGUACUUGGAAGAAGCCAAGGAGCAUGAAAACAACAACAUGGCAUCCUCAGAGGGAGGCAUCAACUCUGAAGAGGAUAUUAGCUGUAAUGUUCAAAACCCAUCUCCUUCAAAACGACAUGAUGAGGAUCACAAGCCAACAAAAGCUAGACUCCUUCGAAUUGACUCGGAGUGUGUGUCGUCCAUGAUCAAUAACCAGCAAGAUCGUAAAAACGACCCAAAGAGCAUUAAAACGAUCCAAAACAUGAGUCCUCAUGAGGAACAAUGUUUAGGGCGAGCCACGGAAACAUUUGGGUCGGUGGAGCUUGAUUUUUCAUCUUAUAUGCACCACUCCUCUGGCAUGGUUUCUUACACUGGCAGUGAUCAUGAUGCCAAUCAGAGUUUCCACGGUGGCAGUGGGGUGUCAUUGACGCUAGGGUUACAACAGCACGGUGAUCAAAGCGGGGUGAACUCGAUGUUCUACCAAAGGGACCAGAAUAUUGAAUACUGUCAACCAGUUCAGUAUUCUCUUUUGGAUGGUGAAGGACAAAAUAUGCCUUACAGGAACCUGAUGGGGACACAGUUGCUUCAUGACUUGGCAUGAUGAUAAGAAUAUAUAUAUAUAUAUAUAUAUUCAAAGUGGCUAUUGAAGGCAAAGCUAGCUUGUUGAAUUAAUAAUGAAUGAAGCUUCAGACUGAAAUGAAUCAUGGAAGAUGUGGAUUGAUCAUAUUGCAUAUAUAUAACGAUUUAAUACGGUGAGUAGAAACCGGUUAAAUUAAUUAAAGUAGAAAUAUUAGUUUUUUAAUUUUAAUUAGCUUAAUUAGUAUAUAGAUAUAUACUUCAUAAUGCUUCAAUCAUAAAACUGC